AUGAGUUCCAGUGAACCCCCUCCCUCGCUAGCAUUUUCAACUGUUAUUGCUCCACUACUUUCAACGUUCUCAAAAGAACAGUCAAAGUCUAUGCGUGAGGCCUUUGUUUUUGCCGAAAAACAGAACCCUGGUUUUCUACAUGACUUUGUAGCUGGAGUUAUUCAGAAUGAAGACAUGACAGAGAUUUUGCUACGUCUGGGAUCAACGGAAUGCACGGAGUACCUAAUUUCUCCAAAUAUUGAACUGCAUGCUCAGCUGAACAGAAAAGCUCAAUCUCUUCGUAUGUUGUUAAGCAGCAUACCAGAUCAAAUUAAAGAGCGGUCAGUGUUCUUACAAACAAUCAAAGAUAUUGCUCAAAGCAUAAAAGAUCUUCUGAAUUGUGUGAACAACUUUUAUCAGUCAAACACGAACAACCCAGCUGUCAUGCAGAACAAGAGGUUAUUUGAUCACCACAAGAAGAAUUUUGUGAGAUGCAGCAAAGCAUUCAGUGAUAGUUUACGUAAUUUUUUCAAGGACAACCAACCCUCUAUAGUGUUUCUUAGCGCUAACAAACUGAUAACGCAAACAAAUGUACUGAUGAGGACCAUAAAGAUAAUAACGGAGAAGGGAUAGGAUUAGGUAUGGCUUGUUUUGAUCUGCCCUGUGUACCAUUGCAUCCAAAUUGAAGGACACGUUUUUCUAGUGUUAUUGUAAGAUAGUAUACAUAUCAUAUUUGUUGUUUCCAUGCUGGUUUUAAAGGUUUUUGUAAACUCUAGAGUUGAGUUGUUUAAUUGAAUCAUUAUAACAGCGGUAAUGGAAAGCAGGCUGUAGAGUGUAGCCGUAUAAAUUUUCUGCUGCGUGUGCUUAGUUUUCUAUAAUUUGUUGCGAUUACCACAACUGCCAUGCAAUUGAUUCUUAAUCUUUGAUAUUCUGGAAAAUGGAUUUUUCAUUUUACUCGCUGGGGAUUAAAUUCAGUUCUCAUCUUAUAUAGAUAACGUAAUGUGAAAUUUCGAUCUAAUCUUUAAACAGCAUACUCUGAUACUCACAUCAUACUCUAAUUUUUGCAUAAUAACCCACCCGACCCUUGCUUUUGUUUUUAAAGUGAUUUUAUCAACUACCUCUGAUCGUAUGUCUUUCUUUUGGGAUGAAUUCAGAGUGUGAUUGAUAUCCCUGAUAAUAACAUGGAAUCCGACUUUUUCAAAAUUGGUCUUGGAGUUAUAUUUUGUCACUGACUAAAUAUUUGACAUGAGACCCUCACUAUUACAUAAUGGAUAGAAUGACGAAAUGUUAAAC